AAGCUUCUUCAGUUACGUCAGAGGGUUCGUCAUCCAUAACAUCCUUGUAUUAGAAAUCAACGAAACUUAAAAAGAGAUCGAAACCAAGAGAAAAACAAGAAACACAUGCAAGAUGAACGAUGUUAGCUACGACGACUUAUUCUUGGAACCGCCGAUCAAUUUCUCAAUGGUGGACGACGGAAUAUUCCGAUCCGGCUUCCCUCAGCCUUCCAACUUCCCAUUCCUCGAAACCCACCGUCUCCGAUCGGUCAUUUACCUCUGUCCGGAGCCCUAUCCGGAGGAGAAUCUGGAGUUUAUUAGGUCUCAAGAUAUUCAAUUGUUUCAAUUUGGAAUUGAGGGGAAGAAAGAGCCAUGUGUAUGUAAUGUUCCUAUAGAUACAAUCUUGGAGGCACUGAAAGUGUUGAUCGAUGUGAGGAAUCAUCCGGUUCUGAUUCACUGCAAGCGUGGGAAGCACCGGACGGGUUGUCUGGUUGGUUGCCUUAGAAGAUUUCAGAACUGGUGUUUGUCUUCGGUGUUCGAGGAGUACCAGAGAUUCGCUGGAGCCAAAUCUCGGACGACGGAUUUGAGGUUUAUAGAGGCAUUUGAUGUAAAUUGUUUGAGGGAGUGGGUUUGCAGCGUUGGCUACCAGAGUCAAGGUUAUGCUCAUUCCGGUCAGAGGAGGUGGCUGUAUAAAGAAGAAAAUUUACAGAAGCAAACCUGGUCCAACAGAAUAGAAGACGGCAAACCAAACGCGGCAUAAGAAUGAAAGCCCAAGAGUAAAGUCCAGAUUAGGUGCAAUCCCGAAAUGAAAUCAGAGGGGCCCAACUUAGCUAUCGAGGAGCUUUCUUUUUCUUUGCUAAUUUUAUAGUUUCUAACGUAAAGAGCCUUUUUGAUAAUUAAAAAAAAAAAAAAAAA